ACCACCGCCGGCCCGAUCGCCGGCAUGCUCUUCGUAUCGUCGGAGAGGGUGGCCUUCCGCAGCGACCGGUCGCUGGCGCUGACGUCGCCCAAGGGCGACACGGUGCGGGUGCCGUACAAGGCGGACGUCCCGCUGAGGAGGGUGAAGGCGGCCAUACCGAGCAAGAACCAGCACCGGCCGGAGCAGAAGUACAUCCAGUUGGUGACCGACGACGGCUUCGAGUUCUGGUUCAUGGGCUUCGUCAGCUACCAGGCAUCCCUGCAGCACCUCGAGCAGGCCGUCAGCGCGGCGGGGAGUGGGAUGAAGGUGUAGUCGUCGCGGGGCACGGGCACCGGGAGCGGGAGGCACUUGCGGCCUACCACGGCGUGAAAGCGACGCGAGCGCACGGCGAUGCCGAUCACUGUCUGACUACACCAGCAGCAUGCGCGAUUGGGAGACCUCGUCGGGCUCGGCGACUAGGCGCUGCGGAACAUCGCCGCCGGGAGCUCAGCAUGGUGUGAGGACCGGCGCUCGCCCGAGCCGACGCCGCACGAGGCCGAGGUUGUCGAGCUGGUGGCCUACGCGACCUCCCUAUACGUGAGGCUGGAGGGGAACGACGAACCGCGCGAGCAUGACCGUGAGGACGCCCCGAGCAGGGGCACGAACCUUGCAGCGGGGGCCCUCUAAUGGCGUAUCAAUGGGCGUCAUGGAUUGCUAGGUGCUGGAAGCCUGCAACCGAUGUCGAUGGGCCUUGGAGUGCACCACUAGUAAGCUGUUGCGGAGGCGCGGAUGAGAGUGAUGAUAAUGCUCAAGGAAAUGGCACGGUGUGUUUGGUUCGGAAAAUAACUGAAAUGGAAUGACACACUAAGAUCUAUAGACGGAUUUGACAAAUCCGACCCCCUAUACAUCUACGGACGCGGCUGGGCACGUUCAGGCGGGCGCAUCCAGACGGCCCCUCAUAUUUUCGUUUCGGCAUCCACAUAUCUCAAAUCCGGACUCUCAAAUUCAUGCACGUCGAUCAUACAAGACAAUGUCACAUGUAAAUAGCAAACGUUUGUACGAAGCAUACAUAGUGUUUACAUAAAAUUUAUUUUAAAUGCCAAA